CACCACAAACACUGAGACUAGCUUCCUGUCUGAGGCGGAGCUGCCAGAGUGCGCUCGGCUGGCAUACGGACCAGAGAGCCGUGAAGACAACCGUCCAGAUGAGACAGGGGACAGAGAACUGGCGGAGGCUCUUCAGAGGUCCAUACAGGAAAGCGGACAGCACUGAUGCAUUUGGAGACAGCUGGAGAGGGCCCUACCAACCAGACACUGCAGAUGGACAAACUACCUCACCGCAGCCCCCCCCACCAUUAACAUUACCCAGAACCUUAGACCAAAGGUCCUCAUCCCCCUCCACUUCACAAAGCCCUUCUUCUGGCCCGCCCCAAACCCUGGACCACUCUCAGUCUGCCCCGGUUGCCUUGGAGCAGGCCUCAGCACCAGGGCUGAUCCAGGACCAGCCUGUCCCCCAGGAUCCUCCUCGGCCGGCGUCCUCAGCAGAGGAUGCUGGUCCUUCAUCUCAUCAGGUCCCCCCUCCCCCUCUGCCUGUCCAAAGCAACCCCAGGGUGUCCCCAGUACCCUGUCCCUCAACAGACGUCCCCCGUUCACCUCCUGCGGACAUGACUACAGCAGCCCAGGGUCCGGAGGGGGGGUCUGAAUCAGAUGAGGUGAUGAGCAGCCCCGUGCUCUCCCAUGCAGAGGAACUUUCCCCAACUCAACCCAUGGAGCAGGAGGCGACGGGGGGUGACACCACUGAUGCCCCAGAACCCCGUCCGAGUGCUCUUAACCAACCGGUGGACUCGGUGGAGAUGGAGUCCCCCCCUGCCUCCCAGGGCGUGGCGUCCCCCGAGAGGGACCAGCCCGAAGGAGAGCACGGCUCCGGCAAUAUCCCCUCCCUGGCGGCCGCUCUGAUGGAGCUCCACGAGCUGCUGGUGUCCAACAACCGCGCUCAGUCCCAGAACCGCAGCACCUCCUGCUCCCCCUCACAUCCAUUCACCCAGGAAACACCCGAAGACCCUCCCCGGAUCCCCUCUACUGCCAUCCCAGCCGGUGCAGAAUCAAGCGAUGCCAAAGCCCACCAUGCUGCUGCUGCUGUGUCUGAUGAGGGACCCUCUAAGGGUCUCGCGCCUGUCCUCUCUGAACAGGAGGAGCGACUGAAUGGGGACACAUUGGAGACUGCGGUGGGUCAAAAACCCCUGCAGCGUCCAGAGAGGAGGGCAGAUAAAUGUGGGCGAGGUGAAGUGAAUAACAUCAGCAGUUUUCAGACUGAGCCAGAGGAUGCUCCUGACCCCACAGGGGACCUGGAGGUCAGGGAGCCCCCGGAGGGCCAGCAGGGGAGGGGGGUCGCAGACGGACGGGCCUCUGGCACCAACACCCCAGACUCUCUCGGCCUCCAGACUGAGCACACUUUCCUCAGCCCCCUGUCCAUGGCAGUGGGCUCACCUGAGGAAGUCUCAAGCACCUCAACCCUCUCCUCUCCUCUUGCCCCCCAGCUGACAUCUCCGGCCCCUCCUGUCCCUUCUCCACAUCCUUUAAGAGAACAAUUUCCAUCUGAACACAUCCAGAGGAUCCAGGCAGCAGGGUUUUCUGCCCGGGAGGCCGCAGAGGCGCUGGAACAAGCCCAGGGGGUCGUGGAGCUCGCUCUGCUGGCGCUACUAGCCCGCAGCAUCACUGUGCCCACCUAGACUCACACCCAGUCCUACGAGUCCCCCCCCUCCCCUCAGCGUCUCUCUGAUUUAUACCUUGAUACUGACCCAGAUGUCUCUUCUUAUCAGGGAGCACGUUUAAACAGGGAAAUGCUGUCUCUCUCUGUGUGUCCUACAGAAUGUCCCAGACAAACAGGACAACUGGUAAAACUUUUCCGGAUACUGCUGAUAUGUGAGGUGUGUUUGCAUGCAGAUGUUUUGGGUGGCCACCCAUUUCAUUGGUUUUUAGAGAGUUGGUAUGGUAGAUUGAUUUUCUUCUUUUUCCGUUGUCCAAUGUUGACACAUUAUGAAAUGCCCAAUGUAUGAUUGAUUCUUUAAACGUUAUUAUGAUUUCCCCUUUGAUACCUCAUAAAACUGUUGUUUAAGUUGUGAAGCAUCAUUAAAAUGAAAUAAAAUCUCAAAAUAGAUUAGCGUUACUCCUCUGUCUGCUGAGCUUUAGACCAUUCAGCACAAACACGAAUAUUUGAAACAAUGUUGUGAUGAAUUGUUUUUAUGUUUCUACCCGGGAGGCCGCAGAGGCGCUGGAACAAGCCCAGGGGGGUCGUGGAGCUCGCUCUGCUGGCGCUACUAGCCCGCAGCAUCAC